AUGCACAUUGCCCAUGUAUUUGCCUACAACCUCGUGGUUGUAAAUCUGGUGGGAUUGAGCCUUUCUGGCCUGAUUUUCCUCGCGAUUGCGCAUCUGGGCCGGAAGUACUGCCGGGACGUGACGACCAUGUGCCACCAGGUUGCCAAUUUCCGAGUGGCAGCUGCGAAGAGCCACUGCUGUGCCUCCAAGCACAGGAUUGCUGGCAGCCAGAAGUCCAUGAUCUGCGACCGGGAAAUUGUGCAGCGGUGUAUUCGCAAGUGGUUUGGCAGCACUGAAGCCUUUGAACGGCGAGUCCAUACCGAG